AAUCCGAUUUCAAUAUGGCGACCGCGGGUUUGAAAAUCUGAACAGGCAGAAAAGAUAAUACUCGUAGUGACAUCACGGCUGUGCUUUACUAUAUUUACAAUGUCAUUCUCAUUUUUCUAGUGACAAAAUAAUAUGGUCAAAACAGAAGACAUUUCAACCAUGGCGGACGGCUGGAAAGAAGUAGUUGAGAGAAGCCGGUUGGUUCCCCCGCCCAGGCAGACUGUCCGCCUGGCUGUGGAAAGCCACUUCACCCAGUCCCAGGGCUUCCAGCUCAGCCUCAGCCGGCUGACUGCUGCUCACCUCCCGCAGGAGGUGUCAGAGGGGGAACAAAACGUGACCUACCAGCUGCGAGUGACCCUGUUUGAUAGAAAUCACCAGCAGUUCUUUGGGAAAACAUGGAAGAGUCGACCUCAGAGGAUGAAAAACAACAAGAUCUCCUUCAAUGAGGUCCUGUACUUCCAUACGUCUCUGCGGUUGCCCAGCACGGUGGUCGUCCUGGAGUUGGUGUCCUUGUCACCCAGGCCAGACGGCUCCCAGCAUGCCCUGGGGCGAGGCUUCACUCUCCUGGAGCUUUUUACCAACAGACCAGAGGCUCAGGCUGCUGAUGGGGACAGAAGGCUGAGCCUACACCACGGAUCACCAAGAGGCCUUCUCCACCCCGUGCUGAGGGACACUGUUGACUACAGCAGUCUCCUGAAGACGAUUGAUGGAGCACAUCUGGACUGUGUGAUAAAAAACCACCCAGCGCUGGUUUCCAUGAUCCACCUCCUUCCAGAGAAUGUCCUUGUAUCUGGAAAUGAGAACAUUCCUGGACUUUCAGCUUCUCCAACAGGAGAUGCGCUGCUGAGGCCACAGAUGCUCAAGAUGCUGCCCUUCACCCUGAACAGACUGACCAUCUCCCUGCAGCCGUCCCUGGAGAAGUUUGAGAGCCAGCUGCUGCAACUCAUCAAUGCUGACUGCCAUAACACAAAACAGCCAGGACCAGAGGGUACACAGAGAACGGUUGCCAUCCAGGAAAGGAGGCUUCAUGUCGGGGUUCAUAAUGGCUGGUGUUUCCUUGACAAGCCCCAAGUGGUGGUGCUGGAGCCCCUAGCCUCAGGGGCCAAAGGAACACUCACCAAGGACAGCUUGACAACAUCAUCCCUCCCUCAGAUGCUGGGCCUUCGCAGCAGCUUGGAGCUCAGGCUGACCAAUCAUCGAGCUUUGGCAAUUGUGUUCCAGCUGGAGUUUGUCUUCUCUGCUCCAAUUGGCCGUGAGACGAUGCUGUCCACCACCUCAACAUCCCGAGCGGCCUUCUUGCAGUGCCUUCGGUGGGGGAUUUGGUGCCCCUUCCAGGAGCCUGCUGACUGGAAGGGGAAAGAGGUACAGCUUGUACUGCAAGGAGGCGCAAAGCAAAACCCUCACGGAGUCAUGGUCUACAGCACAGAGAUGUCUGCCAAAACUCAGAGCCCUGCUCCACUCUCAGCUUCAGGCACAGCUCAGGUCUCGGAGGCGAAGGAUACAAUAACAUUUCGGCUGUCGUCCAGUCUGGAGAGGAAGGCAUCCAGCCCGAAGGCAUCUCUGAGGACCAAACAGGAGGAUAUCUCACGUCAUAGAAGAUCACCUUCAUCACCUUCACAAGGUCAAAAACAUGCUCCACUAGCUUCUCCACCAGAUUCUCCACAAGGCCCCGGGCUCUCACUGUCUCAGCUGGCAGCUACUUCACGCUACCCGACCAUCAGCCACUCCAGCUCGGCGUUGCCAUGGCAACAGCCAUUUCCUUCUCUGCUCCAUCCUUCCCCGUUGGCAUCGGCCCACCAGCUGUCACAUGUCGCCUGCUCACGUGUCAGCAACAUUGCCCACCUGGAAAUGGACCUUCAGCGGGAGGGAGGCGUGUCACCUUCAGGUCUGGACGAAGGAGACCCACUUCAGGAGCUGCCCUUCACCCCUGUCCACGCCCCUGUCAUCACCCUGGGGAUGAAUGUGCCUAGCUCCUGCUCAGUCAGCUCCAGGAGUUCAUUGGCCCACCUCUACUCAGCUGGCUUCCCUGACAUUGUGGACCACAGUGGACAGGUGGCGGAGGUCCUGGACCCCACAGAGCCUGUGCCCUUUGACCCCCAGCGUGAAGAGACUGACCUUCUACACGGCAACCUGCUGGUGUUCCAGUUUCUGGCAUUUACCAGAAUACCGACGGCGGGUGUUGGUCCUAAUUGGCCUGACAACAUCUACUUCACCUUCCAGUUCUAUCGUUUUCCACCAGUCACAUCACAGCAGCUCAAACUGCUGACCAGUGACAAGGUUCAACACAAAGCGAGCGAUCCACUUCCCUGUGUCCUGGCCUCCAUCAACAAAGACGGCACUGUCAACUCUGGCUCUCCAGGCCUGCAGGUGCAGUUCAGGGUAGAUGAUGGUUUCCUGAAGCCAGGAGAGAAACGCUGGUUCCUGCGCUACCUGGCCCUCCACACCAUGCACAUCGACAUAUGGGACAGCGACUCAUUGCUCCUCAUAGGUUCUACUGCUAUCGAGCUCAAGUAUAUGCUGCGUCAGGGUAAAUCAGCAGUGCAGGCCCUCCAUGAGGUAGAGGUCCUGACCACGGAUUAUGUGGGAGAUGACACCCUGCUGGCAAGUACAGAUUUGGUCCCACAGUCAGGCUUCAGCCCCAUGACGGUCCACACCAUUGUCAGGGGCCGGCUACACCUACGCACAGGCAACAUAGGGUACCCAGUAGAUCUUAGCAAGAGGAAGGCAGCAGAUGUGAUGACGUCUCAUUCUUACAUCAUCACACCUCGUAAAGUCACAGGUGGCUUCAGAGGAGGAAGCCUGUCCACCAGAAACAUCCUCCAACUCAAUGGCAAGCACUCGAGGAACACUGCACAAGCAUGCAGACUGGAAAUUGAUGGCGAACACGUGCCAUCAUUCAGACGUGGGAUCGGAGCUGACACCAUAGUGCCCGGAGAGCACAACCUAAACGAGCCUGACAGUGGGCAACGCAAGCUAAACUGCAUGGCUGCCGUACAUCAACGUGAGGGCAAGGAAGAUGCUAAAGCUGCUAAGGUCACGGAUCGGACUAAGGAAGCUCGGUCAGCCAAAGAACGCCAUCAGGUCAAACACAGCGAAGAACGCAGCAAAGCAGAGGGCAUCGCCAAUAUGUUGAGCCAGGCCAUCACCACCCAACACCUGCUCUAUGCCAGCCUGGGCUCUGCUGAGUACAUGGAGUUUGUCCUUAAGAAUCCCUUUAAUGUACCUCAGACUGUCACCAUUCACAGUGAUGACCCUGAGCUCAGUGUUAUCACUAGCACGGAGGAGUGGAGUUACUUCAAAGCUCUGACCAAAACUCUGACCCCAUUGGAGGAGAACAUGUUCCACUUGGAGGAGGGUAUCCCUGGACCCAGGGUUUACCUACGGCCAAAGGAGAGCAUCCAUAUUCCCCUGAAAUACCAGAGCUUCCGCUGUGACCACACCAUGGCCCUUCAGGGACCAAGCUUCCUACCUACAGGCAAAGGUUCACAGAUGGCCAAGAAGAAUCUGUCCAAUAUCGUUGCUGCCAAGACUAUCAAGGUUACAUUUAAAGCAGAAGAUGGGAAACCGAUGGCCAUCUGCCAGGUGAACGUGGAGCCAACACCUCAUGUUGUCGACCAGACAUUCCGGCUUUACCACCCUGAGCUCUGCUUCCUCAAGAAAGCCAUCCGUCUGCCACCCUGGCAUGACCCCACAGGUUACACAGUUGGAGACUCAGACACCACGACUCACAUUUCCGUACGCUGCAGUGACCCCAACAUCAUCUGCCAGACAAGGAUGCUGGUGCCAGGGGAGCCUCAGGAUGUGUACUUGAAAGUACCAGGGAGUCCCAGUCCACACAUAAAAAUGUUCUUUGUGAUGGUUUUCACUGAUAAGUGGAUGGCAGCACCCUCCCAGAUCUGGCAGAUUUACGUCCAUUUCCUGGAGCGAGUUGAUGUCAGCUGCGUGACUGGCCAGCGGAACUGUCAAUCACUGGUGCUGAGGGGGAAGCAGGCUAUUCGCAAGGUCAAAUGUUUCUCAUCACACCCCCAAGAGAUUGAGGUGGACCCAGAGGGGGUGUUUGUUUUGCCUCCCGCAGCAGUGCAGGAGCUCCAGCUGAAAGUGCAGCCAUGGCGAGCAGGCAGCCGCUUCUUGUAUGUGAACGCGGUGGAUGUGGAGCACCGGCGGCUCGUUACCGCCUGGCUGCUCUGUCUCAACGUCCACCGGCCUGUGCUGUCCAAGGCAUUCGAAGUGUCUGUCCCAGUUGGUGGUGGGCGUGGCAGCUCCAGAAAAAUCACCUACACCAACCCCUACACCAGCAGCCGUACAUUUCUGCUCCGCUCUGACCACCCGGACCUGCUCCAGUUCAAAGAGGAUAAAUUCCAGAUCGGCGGGGGAGAGAGUUACACCAUCGGACUACGAUUCGCCCCAAGCCAGAGUCCCGGCUCAGUGGAGAUAUUGGUCUAUGUGAACAACCUGGAGGAGAAGACGGAGGAGACGUUCUGUGUGAAAGUCAACUACUCAUGAACUGAUGAUGAAAAGCGGGCACAAACUGCUUUUUGAAAAUGUUGACUGAUGUGGUGUUUGAAAUCUGUUUUCUGAGGGUGAAAUUAAAUAAAAUGAGCUGUAAUUUUCUACUUAGUGUGAAUAAUUUUGCAGUAGAUCAUAUUUAUGACAGAAAUAAACUUU